AUGGCUCAAGAAUCCGUCCUUCUUACCGGUGCCACUGGCAAUGUUGGUGCAAUCACCCUUGAGCACUUGCUCCGUGCGAACCACAAAGUCAACAUAGUCAUUCGAAAGACGUCCGCUAUCGCGUUCUUCGAGUCCAAAUUUGCCGACGCCGUCAAGUCCGGUCUACUAACGUUCACUGUCAUCUCGGACAUGACUGUUGCUGGAGCCUUUGAUGGGCCUUCUUCAUCCGCGACAGCCAUCGUACAUCUCGCAACUCCCCUUGCAGGCCCUGGAAGUGAUCUCGUAAAAGAGAUGAUCGAGCCGACGUGGACCAUUGACGAGAACAUUCUGGAAGCGGCCAAGAAGAGCAAAAUCGUCAAGAGAGUUGUCAUCUGCGGAUCAAUUGUGCAAACCGUGCUUCUGUCCGAUUUCUUUAAUCCCAAUAUCGUCAUUUCGGAGAAGAACUUCAACCCCAUCACUUUUGAGGAGGCCAAGAACGACCCCCUGUCUGCGUAUGUAUUUGCAAAGACCGACGCGGAGCACAAGACAUGGUCAUGGGUGGAAACGAAUCGACCAGACUUCGAUGUGGUAAUGCUACUGCCGCCCUUGAUCGCGGGACGAAGCCCACAACCAGGAUACAAGCCUAUCGCGAAUGGUCCGGGAGGCAACUCAGCUGUGUAUACCGCGCUGUUGGCUGGAGAUGGCGUUCAAGGUGUUGACAACAUCCUUCCCUUCGUGCUAAACACUGACGACGUGGCCAAAUCCCACGUCACCGCCCUUGAUCGGAACAAAGUCCCUGGCAACGAACGCUAUCUGUUAGUUUCGCCCGAGAUCAUGGACUUGCGAGCAAUUGCAGUCGAUCUCCGUGCCGAAUCUCCCGAGUUGGCCAAGCGGAUUCCUGCACUUCAGCCUAAUCUCGAGCGAAGGGGACCGGAGAAAUUUGCGAAAAUUGACACUUCGAAGUCGGAGGCUGUCUUUGGAACCCAGUGGAAGAGUGGCCAUGACACCAUCAAAGAGGUAGUCUUGGAUGUGGUGAAAUGGGAGAAGGAGAACAAUGUGAACUAG